UCCACCUCUUGCAGCUCCGCCAUUAAGAAGCCGCCCUCGGAGCCGCGGAGGAGAAGGCGGGCCAGGGUCGGCGAGGGUAAGGAGAGAUCAUUUUUUGGGGGGGACGGGGGCCCCCUAAAAGGAGCACCCCUGCCCCCCAGGGGUUCCCGCCGCUUCCCCCCCCAAGCCUAGUCCUGCCCCCUCGAUUCCCGAGACCCUCGGCGGAGCUGUUUAGACCUGGAGACCGGCCUGGAAAGAGGAAGGGGUCCCUUCUGCAAAUUAACGGGCUCCCCCCCCCCUCGUGGUAUGGAUUUCACCGCUUCGGCUACUAGUCCAACUCUUUUGUUAUUAAGCUGCUUCUCUCCACCACGGAGGUAGCAUCGGUCAAGAAGGAGGAAAACAAAAACUUGUUUUGUUUCUCAUAAGGCCACCCGUUUUGGAGUGGGGAAGGUUUUUCCUCCUUCACCAGCUCUUCGGUUCCCAAUCAAGGAUUUCAAGGUGAGGCUGCAAAUGGAGCCCCAGACUGCAAGUCCAGAAGUAGCGGAAGAGCCGGAAAGAAUUAAAAAAUGCUCUGGUUUGGCUUCUUCUGAAUACCCGAGGGCGCACCCGGGCUGGAGGGUGCUCCGGGAUGUCCCACAGGAGUCAUGCAGAGGGAUGCAGCACCGCUGGGAAGCCCAGUGGCAGGAGUUCCUGGAGACAGUGCCGUCUCCUCCUGCGGUGUGGGAAAGCCCGGAGUUGACCGAGAUGGCCCCGUGGGAGGACGCCAAGGCCUUUCUGGCCUCUUUUGAGCAAGUGGCCAAAGCCUGCCAGUGGCCUCAAGGGGAAUGGGUGGCCCGGCUCCAGCCGGCGCUCAGUGGUGAAGCCAAACAGGCCUUCAAUAACCUAGAAGCCAGAGACAGGGAGGACUAUGGGAAAGUGAAGGCUGCCAUUUUGAGAGAGGACGCCAUCAAAAUGGAGGUGCAGCGCCAGCACUUCAGACAGUUCCGCUAUGAGGAGAUUGAUGAGCCUCGGAGGAUUCACAGCCACCUCCAGGAGCUUUGCCACCGGUGGCUGAGGCCGGAGAGACGCAGCAAGGAGCAGAUCCUGGAGCUGCUGAUCCUGGAGCAGUUCCUGGCCAGCCUUCCCCCGGACCUCCAGGGCUGGAUCCGUGCAGGAGGGCCCGACACGUGUUCCCAGGCAGUGGCCCUGGUGGAGGACUUCCUCAUGAGCCAGCAAGAAGCUGAAAGAGAAAAGUCGCAGGAGCCACUGCCUGAGAUGACCAAGAUUUCUCCAGAGGCAGAGAAAGCUUCCAUGGGUGUUCUUCAGAAACAGGUCCAGAAGGAAGUCAAGCAGAACAGGAGCAAGGAUAACGGUUUACUGGAUAGUGGAAACCAAGACCCCAGGGAUCCUCGCUCUUUGCUUCCUCAUCCGGAUGAACCUGAAAUAGCCGAAGCUGACCUGACAGAGAUACACCUGUGA